UUUUGGUGUUGUCAGUUCUAUGGCUAUAUUUUAAAGAUUGUUUAUAUUUUGAAGACGACCUGUAUAUUAUUAUAGGCUUUAUACUUAUACGUACAAUGCCUGUUGAUUACAAACGUGUUCAAGGCCCUGAGAGUUCAUCUUCUUAUUUAUUGUAUGUCAAGAAAAGUAAACAGUCAUAUACUGAUUUAAUUUCUAAGACGGUCAGCGGCGAUAGGCGUAAAGACGGAAGAAAAUGCAAUGAACCUCGUCGAAUUUACCUGAAGACGGGCGCGGUGACCCAGGCGAAGGGCUCCGCGUACCUCGAGCUGAACAAGACGAAGGUGAUCUGCUCGGUGUUCGACCCGCGGGAGAUCCCCCGCCGGUCGGACUACAGCAUCAACGGGGAGCUGUACUGCGAGCUCAAGUUCGCCCCGUUCUCGUGCGAGGCGCGCCGGGGCCACCAGCCGGACGCGGAGGAGAAGGAGUUCAGCCUGAACCUGAAGCGAGCCCUGGAGCCCGCCGUCUGCAGGCACGAGUUCCCCAACUUCCAAGUGGACGUGUACGCGUACGUGCUGGAGAACGACGGGUCGGCGCUGGCGGCGGCCAUCACGUGCGCCGGCCUGGCGCUGGCCGACGCGAGCGUGCCCAUGUACGACCUGGUGACCGCCUCCACCGUGGGGAUCCACGGAGACCUGCUACUACUGGACCCCACCAGCGAGGAGGAGGCACUGUGCAACACAGCACCCCCUCCCGGCGCGGCGUCCCAGAACCACGGCCUCGUCACGGCCGCCUACUCCCCCGUGCACCACCAGGUCUCGGAGUUCGUGCAGCGCGGCGCGAUGGACCCGGACUGCGUGGGGGCGUCCAUCCAGACGCUCACCGCGGCCUGCCGGGCCGUCUACCCCCUGAUCCAGCAGUGCCUCGUCGACAACGUCACCAAGGCUUUCAGCGAGAAGACCGGCGAACCCGCGGACACCUGAGGAACUACCUGAGCUUCUCUGUGUUCAACUGUUUUUCCCCAAAUAAAUCUAUGUCUACUGACUCUUUUCUUA